AUGCUUCAAGACAGUGUCCGCCAGUUCAAGACGCCUGUCUCGCUCAUGUUCGAGCGCCGCGUAACCCUUGCGUUACGCGAUCAAAGAAGCUCUCGGGAACACACGCUUCCCCACGAUUGUAUGGAGAGCGUUUUCCCUCCUCCUCCAACUCCAUUAGAGGACUCUCGCGGUGGCCAGCUCUAUCUGGUUGAGCAGCUGUUGAACCACCGCGACGUGAACGGACGUCGGACGAGUUAUCUCGUCCGGUGGCGCGGCUAUCCCCCGUCCUGGGAUACUUGGGAGCCCCGCUCCCAACUGAUGAUCGACGUACUGGGUCUGGUUGAGCAGUACGACGCGGCACAUCCUGUGUCGCAGAAGGACCGCUGGAGAAAUUCUUCCCGGCACGGUCGUAAAGGGAUUUCAGGCUGUCAAUCCCUUCGUACAUCUCACUAG